UAAAAGUACUCCAGCUGGUGGGAAGUGUCUGGCGAGCGGGUCAUUCUAGCUGGCGGGACAUCUCUCGCUCUCGCGCGCACUGGUAGUAUUGUCAGUAGAGUCCUGAUCCAGGAGCCCGGUUCUGGGAUUUUGUUAGUAUGAUUCGCGAAACUGACAAGUAGCCCCAUCUCAUCUGGACGAUCAUGAGCAGCGUCAUUGCUCACCGCGUGAAGGAUGCUGUACGAUCUGCAAGUGUUGUUGAAUGCCGGCCGGUACCACACAGCACUCCCCCUUACCCCACGCGAUUCUGUUGGCCCUGCGUUGUCACGUAUCCUCCCAUCUUCGUCCUCCUACCGCGUGGGGACAACCAGGAUUACUGUUGGUGGCGCUUGAUUCAAGGGACGACACGUUGGCUGCGGUGAGACAUUGAGACAUAUUGAGGCCGCGACCCAGCUAGGCUGAAUAGCUCGGACCAGGCUACAAGUGGUAUAAGUGCUUUUUGUAUUGUAAUUUCGUGUCAGCCAUCGCCGAUUCGAGGUAUCAAU